AGUGCCGUCUCAGUCUGCCUGCCUCCAGGAAGUGGUCAGUCUUCGAAGUGCUUUUCGGUUUGGACUGUUUUUGUUCCUAAACAAAGUGCGAGUCAUUUCCCGUGGGCUGGUAAAGUAACUUAGGUUGAAGCGAUUUAUCGUUUUGUUGCCAUUCACGUCACUUAUAUUUGAUUAAAAUAUUUAGGAAUCUAUAGGAGAUGGGACCCGGAUAACGAGAAUAUUCUAGAAACACCAAGAUUGCGGGAAGGGGUGAGCAGAGGCCCGCGGCGGUCAAGGAGCUUAGGAAGGGCUGAAGAAGUACGGACUCGCCGGCCAUUGUGCACAAAGACGGGGAGACGAUACUCCAAAUUAUACAUGUUUUGACCUCUGAUUCUGUUCCGGGAGAUUUCUGACCUGUAUCAUCGCCAAGAUAGCUGGACCGGGUAGAAAGCGGCACACCCCAGAACCAGACCCCAGCAGCAGUGACGCCGGGGACGGGCGGCCUGUGAGCGCCAAGCGCCUGAAGAUGGCCAGCAGCAGUGAGUCAGGGCGGCGGAAUGGGGGUCAGCGCAGCGCAGAUGACAGCACCAGCAAGAAGAAGCAGAAAGACAGGGCCAACCAGGAGAGCAGGGAGGCCAAGCGAGCAGCAGCAGGGGCCAAUGCAGAGCACAAGAAAGAUGUGUUUGUGGACUGGAAGCAGAAUGCUAAUGAGGUGAUCGCGAGGCUGCGCUGUGGAGACGGGGUGCAGAGGGUGGAGGACGUCACCAUUACCUUCACCGACACAGACUGUCAGGCCCGCUUCCCAGAUGGGCGCCAGUGGGACUGUCAUCUGCAUGAGGAGAUUGAGGGCUCCUGCAGCAAAGUACAGUACAAAGAGAAGAGUGGCUUCCUCCUGCUGGUUAUGCACAAGAAGAUCCCCUUCCACUCCUGGCCUUCCCUUAUGCAAAAUAAGAAGGAGAAGCAGCCUGUGAAAGUGGAGGCCAAGAACGGUAAAGACCAGAAGCAGCCGCCUCUGGUAAAGCCUGAGAAGUCUGUCCCAGAGACAACAGACAUGGCUGAACUGUCCACCCAGACGUCUGCUCCACCGGCACAGUGUGAACAAAGGCGUGGCAAAGCAGAGCGAGGUGUCAAACGCAUCAUGAACUACAAACCAGCCGACAGGCUAGAGUCUGUGGUGAAGGCUGGAGGAGGGGGGCAGACCAAGCCGGUCAGUGUCAGUAAAGGGGACCUGCCUCAGGAGCCCAGUGCCAAGCGCCCCGUCCAUCCCCCCAAGGUCUCCAAGGACCCCACCUCCGAGAUGCCCAGGGAUACACACUCCAAGUCCACAGCCAAUGGGAAACCACACAGCCACACUGGCCGGGACCUCCAGACGUCUACAGCUGGUGACAAUCGAGCUGAGCUGCUAGGCAAUGGCCAUGAGGGUACAACACCUGAGGUAGCCGUCAGCCACACGCAGCAGGAGUUGAAAGUUCAGACUGAGGACAAGAAGGCCCCAGAGUCUGAUUUCAAGGCUGGUGCAGAAGAGGUAAUCAUACCGGCAGCCACUGUGUCCAGUGCUCAGAUCAGCCCCAAGGCUGGAGCCUCCACCAACAGAACAGAGAGGCCAGGGGAGGCCCAGAGGCCAGGGGAGGCCCAGAGGCCAGGGGAGGCCCAGAGGCCAGGAGGCCCAGAGGCCAGGGGAGGGAGGCCAGGGGAGGCCCAGAGGCCAGGGGAGGCCGAGAGGCCAGGGGAGGCCGAGAGGCCAGGGGAGGCCGAGAGGCCAGGGGAGGCCGAGAGGCCUGAUUCUGAGACGCUAGUGAGACAGCCUCCGAAUGAGGCUGACCAGGCCACUGAGUCUCUAACACCAACCAAUCGUUCAGGAUCAGGGAAUCCUGUGACUGCAACAGACAACGAGCAGGCUGAGUCCUCCAGCAGCAGCACUCAGGAGGAGAAGAGGGACCGGUCUAAGGAGGAACCUCUGGAGAUGAAGCAGGAGGAAGUUCCAGAGCCAAUGGUGAACCUGAAGUUGUUGAAGAACGACUCGUACGAGAAAGGGACAGACCUGAUGGUGGUCAACGUGUACAUGAAGGGCAUCUUCAGAGAGACAGCCAGGGUGAUCUUCAGAGAACAGGACUUCACACUCAUCUUCCAGACCAGCGAUGUAAAUUUCCUGCGUCUUCAUGCGGACUGCGGAGCGAACACCGUCUUUAAGUGGCAAGUCAAACUCCGGAACCUCAUCCAGCCUGAGCAGUCCACGUAUGCCUUCACCCCGUCCCGUUUAGACAUCACCCUGAAGAAGAGGCACAGCCAGCGCUGGGGGGGCCUGGAGGCCCCUGCUACACAAGUGGGUGGCGCCAAGGUUGCUGUGCCCUCCGCACUGUCCUCUCAGGCCAGUCAGCCGGGCAGCAGCAAGCACUCCCUCUCUGCCAAGGAGGAGCCACCCUGGGUGGGGGAGGGGAAACCCAAGUCCCCUCGGACAGUGGACGGAUGCCUGGACAGUGUGUCAUCCCGCACCGUCUCAGACCAUGUCCCCAUCAAACAGGAGCCUCCUGUCACGCCCAAGCCCACCUGUAUGGUCCAGCCCAUGACCCACGCACCUCCUGCCGGCAGCCAGCACAGCCAGCGCAGCGUUGAGGAGGAAGAGGAGGAGGAGGAGAAGGUGUGUCUGCCAGGCUUCACAGGCCUGGUCAACCUGGGCAACACAUGCUUUAUGAACAGUGUCAUCCAGUCUCUUUCCAACACCCGGGAACUCAGGGACUACUUUCAUGACCGGGCGUUUGAGAAUGAGAUCAACUGUAAUAACCCGUUGGGGACAGGUGGUCGGCUGGCCAUCGGGUUCGCUGUGCUGCUCCGGGCUUUGUGGAAGGGUACCCACCAUGCUUUUCAGCCCUCUAAGUUAAAGGCGAUCGUGGCCAGUAAGGCCAGUCAGUUUACAGGCUAUGCCCAGCACGAUGCCCAGGAGUUCAUGGCCUUCCUCCUGGAUGGGCUCCACGAGGACCUGAACCGCAUCCAGAACAAGCCCUACACAGAGACCGUGGAUUCAGACGGACGGCUGGACGAGGUGGUGGCAGAUGAGGCAUGGCAGAGGCACAAGAUGAGAAACGACUCGUUCAUCGUAGACCUCUUCCAGGGCCAGUACAAAUCCAAGCUCGUCUGCCCAGUGUGCUCCAAGGUUUCCAUAACCUUCGACCCCUUCCUCUACCUUCCCGUGCCCUUGCCCCAGAAGCAGAAGGUCCUCACAGUGUUCUACUUUGCUAAAGAGCCUCACAAGAAACCCAUGAAGUUCCUGGUGAGUGUGAGUAAAGAGAACUCGAGCACAGCCGAGGUCCUGGAGUCCAUCUCUCGGAGUGUGAGGAUCAAGGCAGAGAACCUGAGAUUGGCUGAGGUAGUGAAGAGUCGUUUCCAUCGGAUCUUCCUCCCAUCCAACUCCCUGGACACGGUCUCCUCCUCAGACAUGCUCUUCUGCUUCGAAGUGCUGUCUAAGGAGCUGGCCAAGGAGAGGGUGGUGGUGCUCAGAGUCCAGCAGAGGCCUCAGGUCCCCAGUAUUCCCAUCUCAAAAUGUGCUGCCUGCCUGAAGCCUCCUCUCUCGGAUGAAGAGAAACUGAAGCGAUGCACCCGCUGCUACCGCGUGGGUUACUGCAACCAGGUUUGCCAGAAAAAACAUUGGUCCAGCCACAAGGUUCUGUGUGGGCCGAACAUAGAGAACGUGGGGCUUCCCUUCCUGGUCAGCGUCCCUGAGUCCAGACUCACCUAUGCCCGGCUGUCCCAGCUGCUGGAAGGAUACUCUAGGUAUUCAGUGAACGUGUUCCAGCCUCCCUUCCAGUCUGGCAGGACGUCUCCAGAGGUCACCCAGUGCCUGGCUGACCUUCCCCCUCCAGCAGAGACCCCUGAAAGUGUGGGGCCAGGGAAUACGGCCAGGGGCGGUGGGGCAGGGGACUCGGAGCAGGAGGGCUCCUCUCUGGUUCCUGAGGCUCCACUAGAGACAGCCCAGGCCUCAGCACAUCCAGCCGGAGACCCAGACGCCCUCUCCACCCACACCACAGACUCAGGUUUCAUUGAGGCCUCCUCUGACUCCCAGGGAGAGAAGGAGACCUCCUGUGAGAAGGCUGUCAGACCAGAAGCUGCUGUGACCGGCUACCAGCAACCAUCAGAGUCUGCGUCCAGCCACACCUCUCAGUUCUACAUCACCGUCCUCCACUCCAACAGCAAGGAGCAGACACUGGAGGAAAAGGAAGAGGCCGUUCUGGACCUCCCUGAGGACUCCAGCCUGGAGCUGGUGUGGAAGAACAACGAGCGUCUCAAGGAGUACGUCCUGGUUCGAUCCAAGGAGCUGGAAUUUGAAGAGGACCCCGGGUCGGUCAACGAGACAGCCAGGGCUGGACACUUCACCCUGGAGCAGUGCCUCAACCUCUUCACUAGGCCUGAGGUGCUGGCACCAGAGGAGGCAUGGUACUGUCCAAAGUGCCAGCAGCACAGAGAGGCCUCCAAGCAGCUGCUGCUAUGGCGUCUGCCCAACGUCCUCAUCAUCCAGCUCAAACGCUUCUCCUUCCGCAGCUUCAUCUGGAGGGACAAGAUCAACGACAUGGUCGACUUCCCCGUCAGGAACCUGGACCUCAGUAAGUUCUGUAUUGGUCAGAAGGACGACAUGCAGCAGCCUCCCAUCUAUGACCUCUAUGCAGUCAUCAAUCACUACGGGGGCAUGAUCGGAGGUCACUACACUGCCUACGCACGCCUGCCCAGCGCCCAGAACAGCCAGCGCAGUGAUGUUGGCUGGCGUCUUUUUGAUGACAGUACGGUGACGAUGGUGGAGGAGAGCCAGGUGGUGACACGCUAUGCCUACGUGCUGUUCUACCGCCGCCGCAACUCCCCUGUGGAACGACCACCUCGCUUACUGGGGGCCGAGUCCUCCACCUCUGCAGGAGCCAGCGCCAGCCAGGCCUCUGGCCAGGCACUCUUUGGGACUGACCUGGACCCUGAAGGACCCCCUCCGCUGACCCCAGAGGUGACCUCUGAGCUGUUUGGACACUCUGGCGAAUGUGCUGCUCUGUCCUACAGUAACAUGGAGGAGGUGGACUAAGGUGUGACUGAAGCUCCACCGAUCUGGCAUAAGGCUCCAGCCUCUGGGUCAAUGCCAGCAGCAACAUUGGGAAAUACACUCCUCAGUAAACCACACUAAUAAACUGGACAUCUUCAAAGCAUCCCCUCAGUGGUGCAAUGCUAAACAUGUCAGAAGUGGAUUUGUGGGGAAGGAAGGACCAGUACAUGUCACCACAGAUGUGGUGGACAUACCAGCUCAUGCUGUUUAUGUAGUAAUAUUCAUGCAACACAUUUAUGCACACGUAUGCGCGUGCACACACACACACACACAGCGUGUUUGCACAUACAACAAAAGCCUCCACACACUCCUGUUUCCCCAGAGCCUCCGGGUUGCAGCCUGUUGUGAUGGUGCUGCUGAUGGAAGAGCCCACGCCGCUUAUGACCCCUUUUUAUCCCACGAUAAAUGGGUGUCUGGUUCAGAGGUCACAAAGGAUGUGGCUAACAUCAAACAAACCCCCCUCCCGCCCCAGCCUGUUUGGGAUUGAGGGAAAAUCGUGAUGUGAGAGGAUUGGACGUGUGUGUCUGGGUGUGUAAGCAUUUGAGUGUGGUUUUUUUCCCCCGCUUCUCAUCAAGGUUUAGUCUGGUCUGUGUUGUGAUUCUGUAAGCUGGGUACCGAUGUAGUGUAAUGGGUGCAGAAGUUGUUUAUUUUAUGUUCAUACAGAGGACAAAAAGUAACUCUCUUUCUGUUGACUAUUUUCCUACCACAUCUGGAUUUAAUUGCUUUGCUUCAGAUUUUAAAACAUUUAAAAAAAAAAAAAAAAUUUUUACUUUGUAAUUUAUCCAAUCCUGUGGAUGUAAUUUUUGGGAAGAAACUAACUCGAUACACACUGAAAUGUGCAUGUAAGAUACACAGUAGCCGUACAAUAGAAUGCUGUUACCACUUCUGCUACAUAUGUCCAUUUCUUUUUGAGUACUCUUGUACACCCCUCCCUUCAUUUGUAUUAGACUGCAUAUAUAAAGUUGGGGGUUAAUGAGAAUGUGUAUAAGAUUAUACAUUGUUAAUAUAAAUUAAACACUUUUUGAGAAGCGCUAACGGGUUAUUGGAAUACACACUCUGAUUCAGUAGGAACUUGAAUAAAGUUGCCUGGAAACUUU